AUGAACGACCGAGCGUGGGAUGUCGACCAACGUCGUUUUGCGACUGCGCUUUCGGAGAAUGCGAACCUGCGAAAGCAGUGGGCGGACAUGAACAUCGACGGACACGACAUAUUAUUCGAGCUUUGUAACUCUCGCCUACGACGUUCUCUACCAAAGAAGAAGACUAAGACAAGGAAGACGGCCGAGCAAAUUGAACAAGAGUUGAAGGAGUGGUCCGAAAGGUUACAGGAGAUCAUACAAUCAUUUGAGAAAUUACUACGACGACUAACUGACUCCGUGGAUCGGCUUCAUGAGCUGGUUAUUCAAGUCUCACGGACAAAGGGCAAUGCAUACGUUUUCUUGAAGCCUCUAUGGCGCACAUGGACCAUGGAUCGCUUUGCAGAUGCAGCAUCUGAAGUCCUGACAUGCUACCGUCAAGAGAUGGAUACCAAGCGACGAAUAGCCUGGGAAGUCUGUGGUGAUGACGCCAAAGCUGACAAGAAGAUAUUAACUCUGCUGUGUACUACGUGGAAAACGGAAGCUUUCAUCGGCAACUCAGGAAAGGAGUUCAACGAGAUCUGUGCGUUAGAGGUGGAGGAAGGAGACCCUGGGCUUGAAGUGAGGCGGAGAGAGAUGGAGGAUGAGAUGGACGACUUCGGACCUACGAGUAGGAGGAAAGCGGUAAACGACACGAGUGAUUGGUGAUGAGAAGGCACAAAUUCCGGGCGUUUUUGGGACUAGAGAGAGCGGACUCCUGAAGUCUGCUAUGAAACGCAUGUCAAGUCGGGCAUAUUCAAGCGCAGGUCAUAUGAUUCGAUCCGGCAAAAAGACUCCUGCGGGAGAAAACAACACCCGCCGUGAAGAAAAGCAGCGAAAUGCUCUUGAAGACUAAUCCUCGUCAUGCGGAUUGGACGGGAGAGUACCAAUGAGGGCAUGACGGACUCCUUGCAGAACGCGACCUUCGCAUAUUGACCCUUCAGGGUACUACGCAGAAGACGUCGUGGGGCCUUCUGAGAAUCGUGUUCCUGGCAUGCACAAUUGCAAUCUCCGCGCUUCGUAAUAUCUCUCUUGCUGGACGCGCUGUGACGGGUGUAGAUAGGUGUAUGAUAG